AGAGGAAAGGUCAGCAGACAAACAUGUCACAGGCUACCAGGAAGCACCAACAUGAGCAAACUCAGGUGCAGUCAAGCAUAGGAGUCAUCCUGAGGACAGAUGACUUUCAAGGCAGUUACUAAUAAAGUAAGGAGCAAGAGAGAGAAGACUGGAAUCCAUUGUCAUUGCUGGUGACCCUCAGGUAUUGGCUUAUGGAAGAAAGGUACAGAAAUGACAUGAUAACUCUUCAGAAAAAUAAUACAGCAGUACAAGUUCCAAGUUUUUCAAAUUUGGACCAGAAUAAAGAAGGAAUUUGAUGACAGAUCAGACCUGGAAGUCUGCCCCCUCUUCCUCCAAAUGAACAGUCCUGAACACCCAGAGCUGUGAAGGCUGUGUAAAUGAGUAUGGAAGAUUAUGAUUUCCUGUUCAAAAUUGUUUUAAUUGGCAACGCCGGUGUGGGGAAGACUUGCCUGGUCCGACGAUUCACUCAGGGUCUUUUCCCCCCAGGUCAAGGAGCCACAAUUGGAGUUGAUUUUAUGAUUAAGACAGUGGAGAUUAAUGGUGAAAAAGUAAAGCUACAGAUCUGGGACACAGCAGGUCAAGAGAGAUUUCGGUCCAUUACCCAGAGUUAUUACCGAAGCGCCAAUGCCUUGAUCCUCACCUAUGACAUUACCUGUGAGGAAUCCUUCCGUUGCCUUCCCGAGUGGCUGCGGGAGAUAGAGCAAUAUGCCAGCAACAAAGUCAUCACUGUGUUAGUGGGCUCUACGAGGUGUUCUGAUUCACAAGACUAUCAUAGACCAUGUGUGGCAUCGUGUUCAUUUACAAGGAUACAGGACAGGAAACAUGGCUUAACAGCAGGCCAGCAGCAGGCAACAAGAUUGAUCUGGCUGAAAGGAGAGAGGUCUCCCAGCAGAGAGCUGAAGAAUUCUCAGAAGCUCAGGACAUGUAUUAUUUGGAGACCUCAGCCAAGGAAUCUGAUAAUGUGGAGAAACUCUUCCUUGAUUUAGCAUGCCGACUCAUCAGUGAAGCCAGACAGAACACACUUGUGAACAAUGUAUCCUCACCCUUACCUGGAGAAGGGAAAAGCAUCAGCUAUUUGACUUGUUGUAAUUUCAACUAAAGGCUGAGGCAAGGAGAAGCAAAAGGAAUCAGCAGCUGCCCUGAUGGGCCACAAGUUACUGGGGAGAUCUGGAGAUGACUGUGGCUCCCGCUCUCGGAUCUUCUGACUCCUGUGGGCUCCUGAGCUUACAAAGCAUGGCAGGCCAAGGGCCUCGACCACAGGCCAGCAUUAGCAGAACAUAUAAUGGUUUCACCCUUUUGCAGUCUGGAGUUGGAGCAAGGAGAAAAUUGCACUAGGCACUCCAUGAUCUGCAGAGCAUGUUGCUUUUGUUUUUUUAAAAAGCAAAUAAAAGUGCAUUCCUGAACACAGCCCAGGGGGGAAUGUACUGUAGGGAUCCCUCCUGCACGUCAGUGGGUGCAUGUGGGGCUGUUCUUUAGGGCUUCAGUAGUAAUCUUCCAGGGGCCCUGGUUUUCUCGUCUACCAGAUAAACCAAAACUGGGAAGGCCAAGUACUGUCUCUGUGGUGCAUAUUGAUGACCCCAUGGGGAUUUUGAAAAGUGUUAUUUCUCUUGUCCACAGGCACUUUCAAGAACUUUGGGAUGUAAAAAUGAAAUGAAACCUUUACCCAUGACCAACAGUAACAAUCAUUGUUUUAAUGAUAUAUUCAAGCUCCAUGACUCCUUUUGGUGCUAAUGAUUCCGCUGUUUCACAGACCAAACGUUUUAGUACAUUGAUGUCUUUAAAUGUAUUAUAUAGAAAUAAAAAAUGGGGGAAGUCCAUGAAUCAGCACUCUUUCUCAAAGUCUCAUUACUACCUUUUUAAAGGUGGAUUUGUUAGAAAAGAGAGUACUUUUCCUUUCAUGUUCCCCACUGAAUCUCUACCAUUUUCGUCUACUCUCUUAUCUUCCUGCCCUUUAAGUAAAUGAAAAAAUUUGAAAAACUGAAAAAAAAAAUCCAGAUGUUGAUGAUAUUCUAAUAUAAAAGAUUAGCUCUAAAACAUUAUGAGUAGUAUGAGAAAACUCACCAGAUAUGACCAAAAUACUGUGGAUUAAUGGACUGCAGUUCAGGGUUCCAAGCAGAGCACAGUCCUAGAUAGCUGGUCACAUCACAUUUACUUCCUGGUACUGUCCAUCUUGGACAGACUAAGGCUUAGGAUUUUGUAGAUUUUUUUUAGUAUGAUCAGUGAGAAUAGCAACAGAUGAAAAGUUUCAUGAACCAUUUUUGUAUCUUCAAUGAUAACCUUAAAAAAAUUCUGCUUGUGGAAGCAGGUUGAACUGUCACUUGUCCCCUCUUGUAAUAAUGUUACUCUGAGACUCAUGACCAUACACUCUUUCCUGUUUCUUUUUCUUUUCCUUUCUUUCCUAGUCUCUCUCUUCUUUCCUCCCUCCCUCCCCCACUUCUUCCCUUCCAUCCUUGUAUGCAUGUGUUACUGCAAAUCUCCAAUUCAGAUGGAGGUAUAUAUGCCUUUACUUAGCCAAUUUUAAAACAGGACUCAAAAUGGAAGAUGUGCUGCUGAAUGUGUUUCUGUUUCUUCAGUGCCAUACUUUGAUAGCUUCCAAUUUGUUCUCUGAUAUAAAUGCAAAUUGGGAAAAUAAUUAAACCUGUAUGCUGUUGAUGCUGUCAGAGGUUUCUGUAGCUUGCUGCUUAGCAUAACUGAGGGAUGAGUAAUGGAGUAAGAUAUGAUAUAUAAUUCCAUUGUUGCUAUAGACGGUGACAAUCUCAGUCCUGAUAUGUUGAUGUUUAAAAGCUAUUUAAUUGUAAAGAAAUGAGUGAUGUAGGGACAUGAUAUUGAUAAAGCAUCUAGCAUUUCUCUAACAGGUUCCAGAGUGACCAAUCUCUUGCUCAUGGGAUUAUAUAUAUUGUGUAAGGGACUGAUACUUUUGAUUGCCCUCAUUGUGUUUUUCCCGAUCCUAUGGGAAAGAGAAAGGGAUUCCAGAAGUUUGACUUGUUUUGCUUUUAGAAUCUGCCUCUACAGGAAAGAAAAAUCAUCUUAAUAAAAAUCAAAAUUAUUUAUAAUAAUUGUUCCUUUCCCUCCCCAUCUUCUCCGCUAAGCCAGCAACUAAAGGUAUUUAGAAAACAAGUUAAUCAAAGUGAGCAGAAGAACUUCGCUUUUUAAACUGUGAGGAAAUGUCCCUAACUUUAGAUUUAUUACCUUCCAUUUAGGGCAACAGUGCAAUGUCCCCAGCACAUAAUGACCCAACUUUGUCUCACAGCAGCAUGUGUAUUGAAAAUAAAGUUGCUUUGUGAACUUA